GUCCUGUGCAUUUAUCCAAUGAGAACUACACCGAUGUGGUGUAACAAGGGCUUGUUGUGUAUCUUAACUUAUUGAAUCUAACAGCAAUGAUGGAUUUUUUUUAAAUGUUUUACGCAAACAGUGAGCUGUACACCUAGCUAAACUUUGGGGAGAUGAUCAUUUCAUUAACAGUGCACAGUGGACAGAAGAGGCAAUUAUAGCUAGUGGUCCUGAUCCCCAGGAAAAAAAUAAAUAAAUAAAAAUAAUACACCUACAUAAUGACCCUGUCCGAUUUCCUUGGAGCACUGAAAGAUAACCCCUACUUCGGAGCUGGCUUUGGACUAGUUGGUGUCGGCACAGCAAUCGCAGUGGCGAGGAAAGGGUCACAGAUUGGCAUGAUCUUCUUCAGGCGUCAUUACAUGAUCACCCUGGAGGUUCCCAGCCGAGAUAAGAGUUACCACUGGUUGCUGAGCUGGAUUACUAAACAUGCUAAGCAUACACAGCAUCUAAGCGUAGAGACCUCAUACAUGCAGCACGAGAGUGGCCGCAUUCACACACAAUUUGACUUCCACCCAAGUCCUGGCAACCACAUAAUUUGGUAUGGAAGAAAGUGGAUAAGGGUGGAGAGGACCAGGGAGAAGCAGAUGGUGGAUCUGCACACAGGAACGCCUUGGGAAUCUGUCACCUUCACAGCCCUUGGCAGAGACAGGCAAAUAUUCUUCAACAUACUACAGGAAGCACGAGAGCUGGCUUUGAAGCAAGAGGAGGGCCGUACUGUGAUGUACACAGCUUUGGGAGCAGAGUGGAGGCCAUUUGGGUUUCCACGCCGUCGCCGCCCCUUGUCUUCUGUUGUGUUGGAGAAUGGGGUGGCCGAGAAAAUUGUGGAUGAUGUAAAGGAAUUUAUAAGUAAUCCAAAGUGGUACACUGACAGAGGCAUUCCAUACAGAAGGGGAUAUCUACUAUAUGGGCCUCCAGGCUGUGGAAAGAGCAGUUUCAUAACAGCCCUGGCUGGGGACCUGGGUUACAGUAUAUGUCUGAUGAGUCUGAGUGACCGCAGUCUGUCGGACGACCGGCUCAACCACCUGCUUAGUGUGGCUCCCCAGCAGAGCAUCAUUCUGCUAGAGGACGUGGACGCUGCAUUCGUCAGCCGCGAUCUACUACCCACCGAGAACCCAGUGGCUUACCAGGGUAUGGGAAGGCUUACAUUCAGUGGACUUCUUAAUGCUUUAGAUGGAGUUGCUUCUUCAGAAGCCAGAAUUGUGUUCAUGACCACUAAUUUAAUAGAAAGGCUUGAUCCAGCUCUAAUAAGACCUGGUCGUGUGGAUCUGAAGCAGCAUGUUGGCUACUGUACACACUAUCAACUUGCACAGAUGUUCCGGAGAUUCUACCCACUAGAGUCUGCCGCUAAUGGGGAGAGAUUUGCAGAGCGCGCACUAGCAGUGCACUCGGAGCUCAGUGCGGCUCAAGUUCAGGGACAUUUCAUGCUAUAUAAAAUGGAUCCUAUCGGCUCUAUUGACAAUGUUGCAAAAAUUAAAGAGUGAUGGUAAUGGGAACAGCGGUGUGAAUUGCCAAAGAAACAAUGGACAGAUGAUGAUGAUGAUGAUGAUGAUGAUGAUGGGAACGGAUAUUAAACUUGACUUUAAUCUUUUUUUGUUUAUUUCUUAUACAACACAAAAUAUUUGGUCAUUAAAAUUGAAGAAUGUGAAGUUUUUCUUUA